AUCAUAAUUGCAUUUGCUUUGGUGGUAACGUAAAGUGAAGGGGUUGACGUCGUCUAAAGCAGUAUCUCAGUCACUACUAACCAACUUAGGAACAUCCUUCUUCUUUUUCUCACCUCAUGCGGCAGUGAGGCUGCUGUAGUCUCAUUUCGCUCACUCCACUUUGCCUGGUUUAGUUGUUUUUAGUUACUCUCUGGCUGCUUGUGGGGAAGGACCCACGCCGACCUAAGAAGGACCACUUACUCACUAGCAUCAUGACCGAGUUCCCCACUUAAUACUCCACUCUCACCUCAGUCCAAAUUUUGUCGACCAAUUUCCAUCCAUUUAUCCAAUCUGAACAGCAAACACGGAUCUCUAAAAGGGCUCUAAAUCAUCAUACUUUGAACACUUCUGGAGAAAGCUGGUCAAAAAUAAAUCCCAGUGCUUGAAUCAGUUCCGUUCAGUGGAGUGAAGUGUUGCACGGAGAAAAGUGAUUCUAAAGUGGACAGAAAGGGACGCUCCGUGAGCGAAUUGUUCCCAAUGUUGGUCUCGCCCCAACUUUCUUACUUUUUAGAGUGCGAGACAAGUUUUUAAUCGGAAAUAUUUAGUCGAAAGUGGAAAAAUGGAGCGAAUCCAGCAAUCCAGGAGGAAUGGAUUUGCAACAAUGGUGGUGGGAGUUUGGUCCCUCACCGCCGUCCUUCUAGUCACCCUCCUCGCCUCUCCCACCACUGCUCUCUCCCUCAACAGGGACACACCCACCCCCACCACAAACUCAUCCUCAUCGGGUGUGACAAAGGGAGGACGAUGUCCCGAUGCGAAGAUGGACCAGCGUCUUUGUUCCGAGGGAGGCGAUCAGUGCACUCACGAUGCGCAGUGUUCAGGAGAGUCGCUCUGCUGUUCGACGGGAUGUGGUCGCGUCUGUGUCAUCCCAGUGUUCACAGCAUGUGAGCAGGUUCGAAGUUUUGCGGAGCGUCGAGCACGUUCCUUGGAACCGGAGGACGCUGCGUCUGUGCCGCUGCCGGAUUGUGACCCUGAGACGGGCAAAUUCCAAGAAGUGCAGUGUUCUGCUGCAAAGGGCGGCUGUUUCUGCGUCGACUCUCAAGGUUUCGAACUCCCCGGCACGAGGGCAGCCACACGGGAACAAGUCAACUGCUCACGGCGUAACCCAAAAUGCGAGGGACCUACUUGUCGCAUGCUCUGUCCUCACGGGUUUGCUCUGGAUUCAGACGGUUGCGAGACGUGCGAAUGUCUCAAUUUUUGCUCGAAGGUGAAAUGCCCUUCUGGAGAGGAGUGUGAGGUCGUGGAGCCUCCUUGCUCGACGUCACCAUGUCCUCCCGUACCCUCGUGCAAACAACCCCGCUCACUCGACUCCUUGUGUCCCUUUGGUGCCCCGCUCACCAUCCCAGAACUCGGCUCCCCCUUCCUCUGUGGGUCCGGCCCGUCGGGUCCCCCAUGCCCCGCAGCAUUCCAAUGCAACGUGGGGGCCGGAAAUGACUAUGGUGUCUGCUGUGCGGCCAACAAGAAUUUUGAUAAGCCAGGAACUUGUCCCGUCGUGGGAGUUACGCUGGACAACAAGGACGACCAGGAGGAGGCGGACAAAGCCUGCCCCGCCGGAUGUCGGCAUGAUCUCGACUGCCCAGAUUUUGACAAAUGCUGUUUCACGCAGGGUUGUGGGAAGCAGUGCUCAAAACCGGCAAAUACCACGGCCUGCCUUCAACAGAAGCACAUUGCAGAACUUUUGUCGGGGAGGGAGCUAGAGGGGAAGGGAUACAUCCCGCAGUGUGACGAAAGUGGGACCUUUCUUCCCAAGCAGUGCAGUCGGAAUGGGAAGGUUUGCUGGUGCGUGGGGCCAGACGGGAAGAAUUUCGCCCAGUCGCUCGGCUCUGCGGAAAGCGUGAACUGUUCCACCCUCUCGACCACCACGUCCAGACACCGAGCAGGGGCUCCUCGUUCGGACGACUCCUCGUAUGUGACCUCAGCCUGCGACCCCAUCAUCUGCCCACCCAAUCUCAGCUGCGAGUAUGGCUUCAAGACGGACCGCAACUCGUGCCCCACGUGCGACUGCAUGGAAAGUCCCUGCGCCCACCUCCGAUGCCCCUCAGGCUCAGGCUGCGUCCUCGUCAAGAGUGAGCGUGGAGGGGAAGCGCUGGAACCGACGUGCUUAUCCGACUCCCUUUUCGUCAACCCUUGCCCUCUCGGCUCCCCACUGACUUAUGCCCAGUCUGCCCAGGUCGUUGCCUGUUCGCAGUCUGCCCCCACAUGCCCCUCCUCCCACAUCUGCGUCCUCGUCGCACCCAAUAAAGCCGGCCUAUGUUGUCCCAACAGUCCUCGUCUAGAACCCACGAAGCCUGGAAUGUGUCCUUUCCUGGCGCCCACGCUCUGCAGCGGAUCCACAACUUCCACCGCGAACAACAGCUUGGAGCUUGUUCAGAGUCACAAAAAGUGCGGGUCAGACAGCGACUGCAACACGUCGAUGAAAUGUUGUGCGGCUGGAGACUGCACGGUUUGCGCGGACCCACUGCUCCACCAAGACAUUCCUCACACCAAGAGCAACACCCCAAGCAUGUGUCAAUAUCUUCGUGACGUGGAUACUCACACCCCACUUUUGGGCAAGUUUAGAAUGGCCAAGAGCAAACCACAGUGCAAGGAAAAUGGCGAGUUUUCUGAAAUCCAGUGUGACCAGGAUCACUGCGCCUGCGUGGAUGAACACGGUGCUGAGAUUCCGGGCACAAUGAUGGACAAACUGAGCCACAACCUGACGACGAAGGCCUGCCUCGCCGCACGCCAUAAUCCAAAGUGUCUGGAAAUGAACUGUCGUCUGGAGUGCGACUACGGCUACGAGAGGGUCGACACCUGCAAAAUCUGCGAGUGCAAAAACCCAUGCCUAUCCAAACACAAUUGUGGCGAGGAUGACCAGUGCGAAAUGGUGGACAUUGAUUGUGUGGAGGACCACUGCCCCCCACUUCCUUUUUGCGUCCCGAAAGUGUUGGCUGCCCUGGCAAAUGGGGAAGCGCUAUCUCCUGGUGGUGGGAACGCGGUCGUGUCCCCAUGUCCCGGAGGACGGGCUCCAUUCCGUUCUUCCGACUCGAAUGACUCGGCUCUGAGCUGUUCCCCACGGGCGAGGAUGUUACAAUGUCCGGACGGCCAAUGUCCCUCCUCUCACAUCUGCGUCCUCGUUGCACCCAAAAAACUAGGUAAAAAUUACAAGGACGACGAUAGUAGUCGUCCGGACGACUACUUUUGCGCCGAGGUUGCUCUCGAUUCCGGAAUUUGUUGUCCCAUCUUGGAGGACGGUUUGCAGGAUGACGACGAGGAGGACGACUCGUACCUCUUGCCUGUUGAGAACAGGGCCUCGUCUUCCUCGGAUGGCUCGCACCACAACAACCUGCUCGAGCUCCUCUUUGGCGAGUCCGCUCAUGCAAUGAGUCAUCAGCACGCGAAACCCGGUCAGUGUCCUUACCUCCUCCCAUUCCAUCCCGUCGAUGGGUGUGGCGAGUCCGAGUGCGAGACGGAUUCUCAUUGCGGAGGAGGGUCGAAAAAAUGCUGUCUCAAUUCUUGCGGGGGGACUCAAUGUGUAGAACCACUCUUGCUCACAGCCUGCCAACAUCAGAGGGAGAUUUUGGAGCACAAGGCGCGUGAAUCUGGAAUGCCGACGAGACGCGUCUUCAUUCCCGAGUGUGACUCCAACGGCCAAUACGUUCGAAUCCAGUCCUUUUCCGGGCUGAAUUGGUGCGUAGACUCGGCCGGAGAAGAGAUUCAAGGGACGCGAGUGAAAUCUCCCAAUUUGCCAAACUGCCAGAAACCAUCUCAGUGUCCACAGAAGCGCUGUUCUCUCCAGUGCGAGUUUGGCCUCAAUCUAGACUCUGCAGGCUGCCCUCUUUGCGACUGUAAACCAUCUCCAUGUGACCAGGUGGUUUGUUCUUCAGGUGAGGAGUGUCGCAUGGUGCAGCUGAACUGUAUCUCCGAACCAUGUCCACCAGCCCCACUCUGCCUCCCACGCCUCGACAAUCCUUGCCCAUUCGGAAGUCCCCUCGCGUUCGAGGAAAGCGGAGAAUGGGUGUCCUGCCGAAGCGGUGGUCGUGGCUGCCCCUCGUCCCACAAAUGUAACAUUUCACCCUUUGGAGAAUAUGCCGUCUGUUGUCCCAAACCAAAGGAAGUCUGUUUCGAACCAGUGGACGAGGGUGGGUGCAAAUCUCCUUCGGCCGCCCAACGUAUGACCACGACGACGAGAUGGUUCUUCAACACUUCCUCCAACGAAUGUCAACCAUUCCCAUUUUUCGGCUGUGGGGGAAACAACAACCAGUUCAACUCGAAGGCAGAAUGCCUCUCCGUUUGCCCAGCUCUCAGCCAUUGCGAGCGAAUGCGGGGCAAGAAUGCAGAGCUGGUAGGCAAAUAUGGUCACAUGAGCUACAUCCCAAAAUGCGACUCCCGCAGUGGAGACUGGGAGCCGGUCCAGUGUCUUGAAGAGGUCGGGAUGUGUUGGUGCGUGGACAAGAAGAAGGGGGAGCCCUUAAAGGGAAGCAUGACCAGUGGCGUCCCCAACUGCCAGCCACGAAGGGGAAGGGCCAUGAAGUCCACACCAGAAUCUUCCUUCCCACCACAGAACCAAAUGGUGUGUGAGGCAGGCGUGACCGUACACAAAUGUCCCAAGUCGACUUGUUCGUCGAAAAUCUGCUUCGCAUAUCCAGACGCCCUUUGCAUGGUAAAUCCAUGUGGAGGCUGCACCCCAAAAUGGGUCUCUCCAAGCACGGGUCAAGAGCUCGACUGCUCCAGCGGACUUGGAAGUUGUCACCGAGAGAUGAACUUGGUGAUGAACUCGCAGGCUUGGAUUAACCAGGGCUACUCUUUCGGAAUGGCCGUCCCUCCGCCGCCAUCACAAGAGGACGAGGAGGAUGCCAUGAUGAUGAUGAUGAACCCAUUCGGAUCCCUCAGUGAAUUGCUACACCGUGGUGAUGGUGGUAGUGGGAUGGCGACAGAAGGAAACAGACUGGAGGCAUCGAGAAGCAUGAGGACCGGCCCCAUCUUUACGGCCUCUUUGGGCAACGGUAUGAUGGGGAUCAUGUCCAGUAGCGUCACGUUCGUUGGAGAUUCCUCUUCUUCCGAAGAGGACGGAGGACACACGCAGACAAUAAAGAAGACUAAGAAUCCAAUGGUCCGUGCACCCCAUUCAUCCCCCGUGAAGAGCAUCGCGGACAUUUUGGCGGACCUGAUGACGAGUGGGAGCAGUCACGGCACGGUUCCAGGCUACCUCUCCGACGAUCUCGUUGACCUCAUGCCAUCCUCAUCUUCCGCACCAAGGGGACGACCAAGCAAAGGACGAGAAGAGGAUGAAGAAGAGUUUGCAUUUUUGAGGAGAAGCAGGGUUCGCAGAGAUCUGGAAGAGCAAGAGUUUGAGGAUUCACUCGCCAUGGAGUCGUCGUCCCAUGGAUUCUCGUCCGAAGAAAAUGGGCCAAUGAGCAGCCGGAGGGAAAUUCUGGUGUCCAUCCUGCCACAUCCUAGCAACAGCAUCUCCGCCACAAAUGGACUUCGUGGGGGAACCUGCCCCCCACCAUCUCCGUUCGCCCUUCUUGCCCUCCUAUCCGGGUCGUGUGGGGACGAGUGUGAUGCUGACCAGGACUGUCCAACUGGACUCAAGUGCUGUUUAGGAGGCUGUGGGCUGAGGUGCAUUCCGAUCACCAGCAAUGAACGGUCUCCAUUGCCCAGUCUCGUCAAUCCCGUUUAUGAAGCGGUUGAGGUUGAGCCACCAUCCAUGGUGGUGUCUCUCCCAGAGUGUGGUCAGAAGAAUGGGACCUACUCGCCAGUCCAGUCUCAAGGAGAGCUUUCCUGGUGCGUCUCGCCCGACGGAACCCCCGUCCCAGAGACGCUCACUCGUGGCAAGGUCAUCUGCUCCACUAACGGUACGUUGCUCCAACGGUGGAUGAAGGGUCCGGUUUGUCCUGACCCACACCAAACCCCGACCGUGUGCAAGGACACGUGCCUCCACGCCUCCUGCUCACUCCACCCCGACGCUGUGUGUGUUAUGGACGUUUGUGACUCGUGCAGCCCUUCAUUCUACAAGCCCAGUGGGGAAAAGGUACGGUGUGAGCCGGCCUGUGCGCAGCCUGCAUUCGACCCCGGUCUCUGCCGCGCGUCCAUUCCGCGCUUCUCCUUCAAUUCCACCUCUGCCACGUGUGAACCAUUCAUUUACGGCGGCUGUGGGGGAAACUCGAAUAAUUUUGUGACCCUCGAAGACUGUUCCUCCCAAUGCGUGGGAGGAGGAGGAGGAGGAAACGACAUUUGUAACCUCCCGCUAAAACCCGGCCCAUGUCGCGCUUCAAUGCUCCGCUUUCACUUCAACCCCACCACCCAGUCAUGCACUCCAUUCGAUUACGGGGGUUGUGGUGGGAACGCCAACAAUUUCAUGAGCCGAGAACAAUGCGAGUCUCGUUGUCCGGACGUCGUCAUCUGCCCAAAAUUUGAGCAAAUUGAGCAAGAGCUGGAAACAGGGGUACUGAAGACCUGUAGUCGGACGGAAGCCUGUCGCAACGUGACCUGUCCUGGCCACGACCUAGACGACUUCCUCUGCACGGUCGAUCCCUGCUCCUGCACCGCCAGUCUGACCGACUUUCACGGCAACAAGGUCAACUGCGAAGACUUAUUAAGUCCCACGAUGAUGAAAACAGCGUCAUCAGGUGACGACGCUGAUGUGAUUGAAAUAGCCCCUUCAGAAUCCUUCUUUACUGGCCAAUUUCUCAAACUUCGUCCCGGAAUCAGCCUUCCCACCCACACCCGAUGCGAACUCAUCCAAAUGCGUGAGCCUAGCGGAACAGGGCCCCACUGUGACAGCGUAACUGGGAAAUUUACUCCCCGUCAAUGCCCACCAUCUGACUCUGACUUCCCUUGUUUCUGCGUGGACGAGGCUGGGAAGUUGAUGGAGGGAGUGGAUGCAACCACAUCCUGCGAGACCACUCUCAUUGCGCAGAUCAACGUGUCUCUUUCCCUGCCUGGAGGGGAGGACGUUCCACCAGUCCAACUGGGCGUCGAGUUGCAACAACUCCUCCAAGUUUUGGGUGCAGAACUGGGUGAGAAGAAGGUGGAGGUCGAAGUCCUGCCUGACCGGACACAGCUAAAUUUCCGACUCGUUGGAACCAACGGAGUGGACGUCUCCUUCUGGCUCGAGUCCCUCAUCAUCGCCAACGCCAUUGGAGUUGAAGACGCCAAGGGAGUAUUUCACCCGGCAGAUUUUGCCACCUCUACAUUCACACACGAACGCCUAGUCAACCAGGCUGCGGCACAACAACCAGAACUCGUCGUAGAAGUCAGUACUAGCACCACCAGUACGAGUACGACGACUACGGAGGAGCCAGACUCGGCCAACGAGAUUGACGAUGACGUGGACGUGAUAGCGGCUCAGCGGCUGCUCGAGAGUGAGGAUAACACUGUGGGAAUCAUGCUCACCCUGGUGGCUGCCCUCACAGCAUGUCUCAUCCUCCUCGGGCUAUUCCUCGCCGCCGGAGGGAAUAAGAAGCGGGUGGGGAGCGAAGGGGGUGGCGUCCUGUGGCACAAAAAGGCCUUUGGUGGGCUCGGUGCGUUCUCCUCAGGUCUCUACGAAGUGGAGGAGCGAGAGAAAAGAAAGAUGAAGGGGACGACGACGACGACGCUGAGCUGGAGGGACGCAGUCACCAUUCCCACCUUCAAAGUUACACCCACAACCAAGAGCAGCAAAACGUAAUAGUCAUGCAUACACCUCACCUCAUAAACAUUCAUAUUAUUUGUAUGGAAAUGUGCACCAGAAUUAGUAGAGUUUAGUUGUUGAAGCGGCGCAGUAGUAACGAGUGCUACGUUUUGUUAUUAUUAUACAUUUAUAGUUUACGUAAUGAUAAUGCUACGAUAGGAGUAAUGAUAAGACGACGUCCUCAUCGUUCCCCCUCCACACACGGCAGAAGCGUACACACGUACACAUAGAUUUUAUAUCCAACCAUCAAAACCAUCCUUGAACUCCAGCAGAUGAACAACAACCUUGGGGAUGAAAUUAGCAACCAACACUGCCACAUUUAUCUAUUUCGCAUUGAAGAGGAGCUAUAAUUAGAAGAAUGGAUCUAACUUUGUAAUGUGCAAAUCAUGCUGGAAUGAGAUGGCACUUUUUAUCACCAAACUUUAAGCUCCUGCCCGUCAUAAAUAUGUAAUAUCAGCAGACUCCUCACUUCAACUCGAUGCGUAUUCAUUUUUAUGGUGCCCUCACCAUCGGCGCUGAUGGUGGUGGUGGUGGUGGCGGUGGCGAGAGGAAGGUCAUCGUGACCAAUACUCCAGACGACGAAAUGCUGUCACACGGAACCAAAAUCUUUGUGGCGUGGCUAUUUUGGUCACCUUUUGGCGUCGCUCAUCUCGGAUGAAUGGGAUCAAACUGUGGCUAAUGAAAUACUCACCUCACAACCAUGCAUACAUACAUAAACCAUAAUCCACCAGAUCUACACUCCGCCUAUAAAUAAUGAGAAUAUAUAUUUAAGAAUUUAAAAGCUAAUCCUAUUUCCAGAGUAUUUUUGUACUGAUCUAGUUUGAUACGCACUCCGCAUGGCCCUAGAAAUACUUGUGCUGUGGCAAUCCUACUCCUUAUGUAACAAGAGGCGAGAGAGAAAUUAGUAUUGUAUUGUAAUGAGAUACACAUGCGAGAUGAGUGAUUAUUAAUUAGCAACUCGGUGGUAAACAAUUCCAACUACAUGAUGGAAGAAGAAGGAAUAUUAAGUAAUGGUAAAUGUGAACUUUGAAUCUUUGUGCGCCCUGUUGAAUAAUAAUAAAGACAUCAAUCUUGAAAUAUCA